UAUAUAUACCAUAGAAAUAUAUUUUAUUAUCUAUUUAAUGAUAUUAAUUUUGUAUUUUGCAUGUUAAUAAUUUUUGGUAAAAACUUAAUCAAAUUUGGCAUAGUUUGACGUUCUAAAAAUAAUACAAACCUUAAGCAGGGAUGGAGGUAGUACAAUUUAGAAAGGAAAACUAUGACAACUUUUACAAUUUAGAACAGACUGAUAGUGUCUAGAAGCACACAUAUGACAUACUGGCUGGUUUGAGUAAAUUUCAAGAUCUAAUUGGAUGGUUCUGUUUUUUAUUUAUAAGGGAACCUUUCUUACAAGUUUCUUUUUGAUAGUUGUAUCCUUUUUUUACAGCUUGACUAGUUAUAUACGGAAAAUUGUUUUGCAGAGAAGUUUGAGAAAAACGUUUGUUUUGAGCACCCAUUUUUUUAUUAAUCAGCAGGACUCUACUGCACACUUUUAGUAAUUUAAAGCACACUUACAUCAUCCACCAACAAAGGCAAAAUAAAAAUAGGUGGCUCAUCAAAUCAAACAUUUGGUUGAUUAGCACACUCCUUUGUUAAACAUGAGCAACCUUAUUAGCAUCUCUAGGAUAAAAGGAAAAUUCUACUCUAUUAAAAGAAAGUUGCUUAAAUUCCUUUGCUAAAACAUGAGCGACCUUAUGUGCACCGUUCACCCCCUUUAUUUAAACUUAACAUUUUGAGGGAAGUUUGAGGAAAACUAAUUUUUUUUUUGAGCUAAGUUUGAGGAAAACUAAUGAUUGGGUUCGAUUUUGUUGCGCCGAUGGGCCGUAGACCAGCCCACCCGACACUACAAACAAGGUACCGAUUGCAGAGCGGCAAAUCCCGUCUCUUGCUAAUUCCCCUCCCAAAACAUGACCAACUUCCAAAGAACCCCAACCCCUAGCACAAACCGCCGCCGCCGCCACCGCCACGUGGUACUUUGAAGGAUCAAGAACUCAUCGCCGUUGCCACCAAUCUUUCUGCCGUCUGUUCGACGAAAUGCCCCCAAAGGUAUCCAAGCGGUGGGUGCCAGUUAACCGGCCGGCGGGCACGUCUCCCGUUGCAGGCAAGAAACCCAACGAAGUGCCUCCGAAGGUAUCCAAGCGAUGGGUGCCGGUUAACCAAGAAGCGGGCAUGUCUCCCGUUGCAGGGAAGCCAUCCAGAGAAGUGACCCCGAAGGUAUCCCAGCGGCAGGUUCCGGUUGACCAAGCGGCGGGCUUGUCUCCUAUUGCAGUCAAACCAUCCAACGAAAUGCCCCCGAAAGUAUUAAAGCGGUGGAUGCCGGUUAACCGGUCCGCGGGGAUGUUGCAUGAGUCAGGAAACCCAUCCAACGAAAUGCCCCUGAAGGUAUCCAAGCAAUGGGUGCCUGUUAACCAACCAUCACCAGUGGGGACAUCUCGUGGGGCAGGCGAACCGGCCGAUAGGCUCAGCGAUCUCCCGGAUGUGCUCCUGCACCAUAUCAUGUCGUUCUUGAAGGCAUGGGAGAUGGCCCGCAUGUCCAAGCUCUCGCGGAGGUGGCGCAACCUCUGGGCUUCUGCGCCCUGCAUUGACAUCCGCGUUGGAGACCAUGAUAGACCACCAGAGGACUUAGCCAAGUUUGUUCAUCGGUUGCUGCUCACCAGGGACGUGCUCACGCCAGUGGACACGCUCCGUCUGCGCUCGCUUGGUGAGGAUGAUUUCUAUGAGACUUAUAACAAUGGCCAUGUCAAGAGGUGGAUCCGUAGUGCUAUCAAGCGAAAUGCUCGUGUUAUUCAGCUUAAUGGGCAUCUCAGCAAGUACAUAGAGCUGGAUCACAAAGACUUUGUCUCUAGCCACCUCAAAAUCUUGAAACUGUCAUACACCAAGCUGGAUGAUGAAGUCAUGAAGCAGCUCUCUUCUCACUGCCCUUUGGAAGAACUAUAUCUCAAGAGCUGUGUGAUUGAUGUCCGUGAGGUUUUAUCCUUCUCUCUGAAGAGUUUGACCAUGGUUAAAUGCAAGUUCACUAUGAACCUCUUGGUGGAUGCUUCAAACCUCAUGUUCCUACGGUGCAUCAAACCAGAGAAGUGGGUUCCCGUAUUCAAGAACUCUGGGUCUCUUGUCACAGGCAGCAUCAUGCUUGAUGACUCUUUACUGAGUCGUGAAUUUCAAAAGUACCAUGAGGAUGAUGAUGAAUUCCCUCAGACAAGCGAUGAAGAUGAAAGCAAUGAUAAUAGAAAUGUCAUGUGUGAUGGUAAAAAUUCUGAUGGCAGUCACAAUGAGGGCUUUCUUGAUAGUAUUCUUUAUAGCGGCUUUGGUAACGAUUUUUAUGAUGGCUAUUCUGACAAUAUUUACGAUGACUAUUCCGAUGACAUCAAAGACAAUUAUGAUUAUGGAAGUGAUAUCAAUAGCGAUGACGAUACAUACGAAUAUAGCGAAAUUGCAAAUGACUCUGAAGAUUAUUUUGGAAACUGUUCCGGUGGCCUCAGUUUCAGUAAAGGUGGCAACAAUUCUGGCCACAGUGCAAACUAUGGGUUUAAUGAUUAUAAAACGUUAGGUGGCCAAAAUAUUAUUCACAGCCUUUUAAACGCCAGAAGCAUAGAGCUGCUAGGUCAUUCAGGAGAGGUCGUUUUGAGAAGGGAAUCAAUAAGUUUCCCAACAUUUAUCAACUUGAAGACAUUGUCCCUUGGUGAAUGGUGUAUCAGUAGGGGUGCUGAUUUUUACCUACUAAUUCACUUACUUCAGCAUGCACCUAAUCUGGAGAAACUAUUUCUUCAACUUGAAAUGAAUUUUGACAUCCAAAAAGCAUUGGGAAGAUGUAUUAAACCAAGCGGAGGGUCAUUUGAUUGUAAACACCUUAGAAUGGUGAAGAUCAAAUGCACCAAGGAUGAUCCUAGAGUACAUAUGCUGGCACAGCUGUUUAGGGCUAAUGGCUUGCCCCUUGAGAAGAUUUACGUGCGUAGGAGUGGGAGCUUCAAUCUUCGUAUGCUAAAGCUAAACAGGGAAAUUACCUUGGGCGAUAUGCGUGACUUUGGGUAAAAAACCUGGGCCUUUGCAAGGGUACACUUACGAAUGCAAAGCACUUGACCUAGGGAGUCAAGAAAGUAUGAUUUUCACACAACAUGCCGGUCAGUCCUGCAGCCUAUGAAGAGCUUAAUAACUCAGAAUAUUGUCCUGAGAACUUUGAGUACUUUAAUUUUUUUAUCAUGGAUUUGUUCGUCGCUUCUCUGUUAUGACCAUGGGUGAUCUGGGCCACGUACCUGCUGUUCUGGAAUGACAUGUUUCCUGGAUAAUUUAUAUGGUUAUUACUGCUUGCUUA